AUGGAGAUACAAAUAGCAUGUCCCAUAUCUAAUUUACCUAGCAAUAUUAAUAUUUGUCUUAGAAUAAAGUUAUUUUUACAAACAAUAUGGUCUAAUUACUAUAAUUCAACCUUUCCUAUAACAUUAAAUGAAACGUUUACUUUCGAGAAAGUAUCAGCAGCUAUAGAAAAAUCAAGAAAACAUCAAAAUGAUCCUAAAUUUAUGUUAAGAAAUUUAUUAGAACAAUAUUUUACUUUAAAAAAAUUUUAUCCAAACAUCAUAUACAUGGAAAACAGGAAUGGAUUUCUGAAAGUUCAUCCAAAAUUAGAACAUGAGAUAUUUAUUCAAUUUGUGAAUGAGAAUGAUCAUAAUAACUAUAAUUCAGAUCAAACUGUCAAAGUUAUAAAUAUACAAAAAUCAAAGAAAAAAUUAAACCAAAUAACCCCCAAAUCAUCGAUCCUCAAAAUUCACUCAUUGAAGAGACCACCUAUGUUAAAUUAUUUGAAAUCACCCAAAACCCCAUUUAAAUCAAAAUUUCAAAACGUAGCCAGCAGAUUCAAGUGUCCCCAAAAAUGCAAGUGCGAAAAAUGCUUAAAACCAAACGCGAUAGAUCAGAACGUUGUUCGUUAUAAUGAUAAAAAGCAACCAAUCUAUAAAAAUAAGAAUUCGGUUCCAACUCCUUCAACAAAAAAAGUAACGAAAAAGGUGAGUUGGGCCAAUUUGGUCGAUGAUUCAAAUGACUUAAAAAUUGCUGGCCCUGACGAUGUCUUCAAGAGCGAACAAAAGGAUGAAGUUGAAGAGAUGGAAGAACCGCACGACGAAAGAUUUUGUGACAUCUGCCCAUUAUUCAGGAGAUACACGUUAAAACCGUACUGGGCUCAUCACGUAAAUCAUCGUAGUAACGAAAGACGAUACCUUUCGCAAGACCCGAGUCUUUUUAAGGAGGAAACGUUAAACGAACACGCCUUCCCAGACCGAGGGCUUCUUCCAGAUGUUCACAACGAAGGAUACACCUCGACUCUUUCCAAAAAUAUUUCCUUGUUAUCCAAUCUGUCACCGACAACUAUGAAAAGGGCAGAAUUGCAUAGAUUGAUGAAAGAAAUCGAAGAUUCGUAAUAUAUACUUUCGCGGAAUAUAUAUUUUUUUCUUUUCUAUAAUUUAUGUGUUACCGG